AUGGAAUCAUGGCCUUUAGUACCUCCACCAGCUUGUAUAUCUCGCCCAAGGUGCUUCUUUGUGAGAGCUCGAAGACCAUUUCGCAUUGGCAGACCUGCUGGGUGUGGAUAUAACAGCACAGUGUCAACGAUAGUAGGAUGGAUAAUGCGACAAACAUUAAGGUCAUUGUCCAACGCAUGGCCAAUGAGAGGUGUUUCUGGUUGUAGGUGUUGGAAAAGCAGCUCCCUUGCAGUUGCAGGAGAGUCAACAAUUUCAAGAUUAUUAGUUGACUUGGAAUCAUGCUUUUUCAUUGUGGCAGGGAAUGCUUGGUCGGUCUUAUAA